UGCACUUCUAUAUAUUCGCAAGAAACGAUGGCCAGUAUCACCACAUUUGAGCUCUACCAAAGCAAAAAAAAUCAGAAGCAAAAAAUCUUAAGAUGGUUGGCAUGUGGUCUUUAUUCCGUGAGAUAGACCAGAGCAAGACCACAUGGGCAUUCAAAGCGAGAGCCAUUCAUGUGUACCGAGAGCCGGCACACGACUGCUUUCCGGAGUCAUUAGAGAUUGUGUUUCAUGAUGAGGAGGGAUCCAAAAUGCAUGCACACAUUCCUGACCAAUACAUCAACACGUUUAUUGGUAUUUUCAAGGAAGGACGUGUUUUCGCGGUAAAAAACAUCAUGGUUGAGGAAAAUUACAUGUUUUUUAAAACUACAACCAGUGCUUAUAGACUUUGUUUCUUCAACAAAAGUGCUGCAUUUGAGAUCAAGGGUGUUCCCUUUCUGUCAAGGACUUUCUCGCUUGUGUCGUUUGCUUCUCUACAAGCUCUGGACACCAUUGAUGAGCAAUACAGAAUUGGUGCGCACUCAAGUUUGUAUUUUAUUAUAUGGAACACGUUUUGAUAUAAUGUGAUCUAAUUCAGUGUUUACCUAAAGAUAUAAUUGGCCAAGUGGUACAUGACAAGGACCCUAAGACUAUUCUUAAGAAUGAAAGGCCGAGGAAGCUUAUGGAGUUGAUUUUGGGUGACACGGAGUGCGUUAACAGUUGCUUUCAAAUAAUUUUUAAAUGUGCAUUAAAAUAAUUAAAAGAUUUUAAUGCAAUUUCUUCAUAGAGGAAACAUCAUAGCAUGUACUCUUUGGGGACCAAUGGUUGAAAUGCUGUUGACAUACAAGCUUACAACGUUGGAUCCGAUCAUAAUGCUGCUCCAGUGCUGCCGGGCUAGGAAGUACCAAGGUUUUUUCUAAGGUCUUAUAACCCUCUAAUCGGCUGAUCUUCUUCAAGUAGAUAACUUAGUUAUUUUUUUUAGGCCACGUUCAUAUCUCAAACAUGUUUAACACCACUAAAGUCAUUUUGAAUGGAAGCGAGGAUGAAUUUGGUGAAUUCAGGUCUAGGUAAGAAGGUGGAGGACAUAUCAUUUUCUUGAACCUAAAAAUAAAAUAUACAUAGCUGUUUAUCCUAUUGCAAAAAACCUUAAACAUGAUGGGUGAAAGGUCAGUUCAAGGAUUAAGCUUCACAAUUACAUCAGACAACUCCAACGAUGGUGACAUUGUGAGUGGGCAGCAGGAGUUGUUGACUAUUGAAGAACUCAACAAACUGCAGGAGGAUGGUGAGCACUGGGUGUAUGGGGAAACCGUGGCCGUCGACAACUUUAAGGAUUGGUCUUACGUUUCAUGCAUUGGUUGUAACCGGAAGGUUUCACCCAAUGGUGAUAGCUUUUGGUGCGCGGCUUGCAGUUCUAAUGAUGCAGUUCUCAGGUACAAGGUCAAUGUGAGGGUUGUUGAUGGCACAAGCCAUGCUUCCUUCUUGCUUUGGGAUAGAGAGGUCUCCUGUUUGUUGGGCAAGUCUGCCACUUCGCUCAAAGAACAGAUAACUAGGAGGAACUUUGGUCCGCAUCACUUUCCGUCAGAGAUAAAUUCUCUGAUCGACAUCAAGGCAUUGUUUCGGGUCCAGUUCAAAAGAGAGAGCAGAAACUUUAAGGGAAACCAAACUUUCAGCGUGAUGAAGAUGAACACGGACCCAAAGGUCCUGGCACUUUACUCUGCGAAGAUUAACGGAACAGAGGAGGAAGACGAGUUCAGCAGGUUGGCUUCACAAUGUUCUGGGUCUGAAAAGGCUGGAUCCUCAUAGACCGCAGUGUCUAGCCCACUUAUGUGCAAGGAGAAAAUGCAGGUUUUGGAUGUCAACGUUGAGCGGGUUAAACGUGACUUAUUUGGAGAUUUUUCUGCAUCAACUUCAAUGAAGAAACUCAAGGCGGUGAAGAUUGAAAAGCAGUGAAGAAGCUCAUAAAUCUGGGGAGUAUUGAUUAACAUGAUUAUGAUAUAUGUUUUGUUACGGCAGUAAUUAGGGGUGUUCUUUAACCGGGCCGGACCAUAAUUUGGACCUGAACCAGAUCGGAAUGGAUCGGUUCGGACCGGUUCGGUAUUAACGGGUCUGGGUUUCGGUCUUUAAUAUUUUAAGAAUCCGGGUUCCGGUCUGGGUCAAACCCGGAAAAAUACAAGCUCGGACCCGUGGCCCGUUAAAUUAGUUUUUCAAAAAAAUCAUAAAAGACAACCUUGUAUUGAUUCUGUUAUGGAGUUAAUAAAUAACAACAUAGAAGCUACAUAUGUUGUUAGAAGCAUGGAAAAAGAUGUCUUUUUUUAUCUUAAAUAAAACAGAAGUUAACUUUUCCAAAAACAAAAUUUUCCCUUAAUUCAACUUCAAGUUUUAGUCCUAGCAUAUGCAUCAAUAGUGUUUUUUCCUUGUAAUUAUUCUGGUUAUUUUCUCUCUUAUAUUGCAGCCACAAUGUUCCUUAUCUUAUAUUUUAAAAGAAUUGUGUGAAGUAUAAUUUAGUUAAGUAAUAUUACAUUCUGCUACUAAUAAUUAUUGCAAUCAAGCAAUUUAGUUUUUAGCCAAUGUAUGAUAUUAUGUGUGUUUAAAAAACCGGGUCAAUUAGGGUCAAAAUCGGACCGGACCAGAAAAUUCAGGUCUGGGUCGGUCUGGAUCGGUUAGUAACAGGUCUGGUCUUCGGUCCUCAUAAAUUUAAGGUUCCGGUUCCGGUCCGGUCCUGUCUGGUUUAGUACAUCCCUAACAGUAAUAACUGCUUAGUGUUUUAGAUCAAGUGUCAACUAUGUAGGCAAAACAUCUACCGUACCAUUGACUCCUAAGGUAUUUUUGGUGUUGCCUACUUUUUGCUUUUUGGGAUUGUUUAUGCCUGGGACUCGGCUACUAUGAGUUCCUGAAGUGUUGUGCAUUUUGUAAAAGUGGUCAGCAGUAGCUUAUGGUUCUGCUACCACUGCGCCAACUAACACUGUAUGUUUAUUUCCAUGUCAUGUACUUUGUCAAAGUGUAUCAGCAGCUUAUGGUUCAACUACUGCUGUUAGUUGUUUAUUGAAGAUGCAUUUUAAUAUAUUGUUUUUGUCGAAGAA